AUGAACGAGGGCCAGAACGAGACCGGCCCGACAGCAUCAUGCGAUGAGAUCAAGCCUGAAUGCGGCAACUGUCUGAGAUUCUCGAUGCACUGCGACUUCGCUCCUCCGCCCACGAACCUACUCACCCAAUCUCCUACCGACCUCUCGCCACCGGCGCCGCCACCGGCACCGCGAAAACGGGGCCGUCCUCGGAAGGACUGGGACGCCGUCCGGAAGUUACCGACACCGACUGCCUCCGAAUCCGAUGCUACCAAGACACCGCGUACACCGGCCCCUACAACGUCUGCCGAGCCCUCCUUCUCCUCCAUCGCCCCCGCGGUGUUAAACCGGGACGAUCUCGAACUCCUGCAUCACUACAUGUGCCAUACAGCAAUUACCCUUGGUGAAGCACGUGUAUGGCGAGAAUAUGUGCCCCGGCUGGGCUUCCAACAUCAAUACGUCUUCCACAUGGUUCUGGCGAUUUCAGCACAGCACCUCGCUAGACUCCGGCCAGCAGAGGCCCUGCGGUACGAGACCCUCGCAGAGCGGCACUCCACAAGUGCCCUACCGGCGAUCACGAACCUUAUGCCGAAUAUCAAUAUAGACAACUGUCAAGCGCUAUACCAUACCACAGUGCUCGUCUGCCUCUACACGUUUGCGAAGAAGCCAAGCCCAGGGCAUCUCCUAGUCCUCGCAGCGGACGGCGAGGUUCCUUGGUGGGGCUUACUCCGAGGAGUCCGUAUAGUCGUCCAGAAGAUGGGUAUACAAGCCAUCAUCGCGGGCUGGGAUGACGGAAACAUAUCUUUCGAACAUACCUGGACUCACUGUCCGCCACUGCCUGACCCCGUGCACAAGAUGGUUUCAUGGGAACAACGGUUCGAAGAGCUCGCCGAUCUGGUGGCCACCACGCCUGAGCCCGAGCGCCAAAUGUACACGAUCUCACUUGAAUUGCUCAAGGACUGCUUCAAGCAAACAUUUGGCACCGAAGCGGAGCCGGAGGCGCACGUCCAGGGCCGAUUUGAAGUCGUUAUGCGAUGGCUGUAUAGCAUGAGCGACGACUUUGUAAUUCGCAUCCAGCAAAAGGAAGCGCUAUCCCUGAUAUUGCUAGGGCACUUCAAUGUCCUGGUUCAAACCCUCGAACAUUUCUGGUUCAUGCAAGGCUGGUCGGAGCAUCUCAUGAAAGGGCUGUUCGUUACUCUACCAUCUCAGUACGCCCAAUGGCUUCAGUGGCCAGCCGAACAGGUCAAGAAACCGGGGUCCGUCGACCACGGUGUGCUUUCAGUUCAAAAGAUGAUUGAUUGA